AUGUUCGCUGUCCCGCGAAGGCACCGCAUCGACUCCGAGGUCUACGACCGGACACUGCUACCCCUAGCUCCCAACUCCCAACUCGGCCAUCGUGUUUACCUAUGUCGUUCGCCAGGAAAGAAAGAACCUACCGAGACGAAACACCCCCAUAUCCAUGAGGUACUCAACCACGUCAAGAAAUUAGACGGCGACUGGUGCUUCUGGGACCUACCCUUCAGAUCCGAAUCUCUCGUCGCCAGAGUCGGCAAGGAAGUCCGCAAUCAGGUACUACCCUACCGCGUCUCCGAAAUGGGAGUACUCCCUAUACAAAUCAUCUUCUCAUUUACCUCCAGCAUACUCUGGUGGCUCACUCUAGAUAGCAAAAACAUAGCCAUCAUUACUGUGAUGGAGGAGAAUGAUUCUCAUUCUUGUAUGUUGUACUCGCUCUUGGGAAUGCUGGACGUCGUACCUCCGGGAACAGGCUUUUCUGCUACAGGGUCUUUGGGAACAGGACCGUUGGAGGUUUCGCCGACCGUAUUGCCGAAUUUCGAGGACUGGUGCAACUCUCUGACGGAGCGGAUGACCAAGACCUUCUUGUCGUACGAGAGACGACCGCAGGCGGCAGCCUCUCACUCCUGGUCGCCACCUCUUGAAGGCUCACGAUGCAUCUUGGACCCGUCGAUUGCGCCACCGAGUGUCUGGGGUCCUGGACGUUUGAGGUACUUGAGCUACAUUCAUUCCUUGCUGUCGCAGCCUGGAAUGACGGUGGUUCCACAGCCUACCAUGCGCCUCAAGUGCAUCAUGGUCGAGAACUUUGUGGGGUCCGCUGCGGGACUUGUGGUCGAAAUGUUCCACAUCAACUCCUCUCGGCUGGUGGACGGCAAAAUGGUGACGGGAUCGAGGUCUGGAAAGAGCAAGAAAUGGAAGAACGUAACGACAGACCGUGGGGUCCCUGACCGUGGCGGCGUGGGUACGGAUCGGAGUGGCGCCGAGCGCGGGGGCAACGACGGGAGUCCGCGGCAAAGCGAGGACCGGCGCACACUCGGCGGGGGUCCUGGUCCGUUGGACCACCAAAGUAGUUCGCAGGCCGAAUGGGAAAGCGUGUGGUGGCAAUGCAUAGGACAGUUCCGGAAGCACCGCAAGAGCCAUCACCUGAAAACCGUGUUUGGUUGGAACGGGUGUCCUCAGAAACAGGAUGGCGAGAAGGUAAGUGCACCGUCGGACUUAUCCAUCUCCAUCCUGCCCACGGCAACUUCUACGAACGCGCAGCUGGUAGAGUCUCGAGAUACGAGUUUGGGUUGCAGCCGGACUUGGAACUUCUCAGCGGAAGAGUUAGCGUUGUGUGGCGACGUGAUUAUUGUGUUACGGCAGACCCUGCCUGUGGCUGAGACGCCGUUGACGACUUGGGCGAAUGGUCAUUCAGCACAAUAUACCGCCAAGCACGACGAAGAGAAGCUUUUUUACCCCUGCGCCCUUUUCCACUUCAAUACGGCGUUUGUGGACCACGAGUCCAUUCAUCUGCAGAAGGAGCACUUCGAAUACUACCACCUAGGUGCCCGCAACAACAAGGUACUCACCCUCCUGGGUGUCGAAAACCCCAACUUCCGCUGCAGUCUGAUCUUACACGAAAUCGUGCCCGCCCCGACGCAGCGUCCAGACGUGCCCUUCUCCGACUUUGUGGACCAUGGCGGAGGCGCUGCCUUAGACGGUGGAGGGGCCUCUCUAGACGGCAGCAGUGGCCUGGGUAGUGGCCCGGGUCGUGGUGGCAGUCUGGUCGAAUUGCCUUCAGCAUCGCGUCGGCAGAGCUUCAACGCGAAUGAUAGGUUCGUGCCGGCGACCGUACCGCGGCUGGACUUCUCUGACCUCCGACAGGACUUGCGACACGACCCACGGCACGAUCUCCGGCAGGACGCGGAUGACUUGCAGUCGGAUUUCCACUCGGAUUUGCAGUCGGAGAUGCAGUCGGAAAAGUUGGUGGGAGAGGAGGCCUUGACUCCAGUGGACAAAGAGCGUAUAAGUCAGAGACAUAGUGAGGCAUUGGAGGAGUCACAGUUGCGGGGCACUCGGUCUGCUUUGACGAGUCGGAAGAAUCGUGGUUUCGGGCGCGCUUUGCAGAAGAUGGUUCCUUCCACAAGUCGCGGGAAACGUUUCCUGGGGAUCCCGGUAACUGCUCGGCGAGGUAGUCGUUCGGUCGUGGAAUCGGUAGAGGUUGCAGAAGCAAGCGCCAGUGUCGGAUUAGUGAGUCUAACGUUUUGGUUGGAGGUAUGUUUGCUCAAGACGCAAACACGUUUCCUUCCAACACGUCCCUGGGCGGACUUGGAGGAAUUUAAUGCGCGCCACUGCGUCGUCCCCGACCAUCGUAACAUUGAGGAAUGGUGGUGUCCCGAAUCGGGUUGUGAUUUACGCCGGGCUGUGUUCUGCACCAAAGUAUGCGAUAACACAAUCGCUGCCCAAGAUGUGGCUGACAAGUAUUUUGCCGUAGACUCUAGCUCCCGAGUCAAUAGCAGCAGUAACCCACGAAAGAAACCACACACGUUUCUAACCAAGCUCAAAUUCCAUGUCAUCGAGUUCCUACAAGACACCACCUCCUCCACUAUUCCUACCCAACUCUCCCACAGACGUUCGGAGAGCUGUGACAACAAACAUGACUAUGAUGAAGACGACUCCCAACGACUCUCGCCACACCACCACAGCCCCCCCGGCCGCCUACAAUCCUGUCGAGACAAACAUACGACCACCCUGCAUCAGUUCCCCACCAGCCCGGACCUCACCCAUCUCGUCGGCCUCACCUCCGAUCCUCUGGGCAUCGAUCCUCUGGGCAUCGAUCCUCUGGGCAUCGACCCACUGGGCACCGACAACCUGGGCUCCGACUCUCUGGGCCCCCACUCGCUGGGACCCGACCCACUCAGCAGACCCUUUGGGGCCUCGGGACUCGGGUCCUCGGGCCGCGCGACGGUGACCGAACCCGCGGCGUUACUCCGACACGACCCUGCCGAGCGCGGAGCACACCUCACUGCCCCACUCGCCCAACAGUUGUACCAAGCACCCGCAAUGCACCGCGAUGCCGCACCCUUCACGGCCUCCAGCGGCGACCUGGAACUGGCCCCGUUCGCCCGAGACACCAUCGGAGGGUUGGUUGGAGGCGCCACUGGAGACCCAAUGAUGGGAAGCGUCCCAGACCCGGCGGCCCGGCGGCAGUCAGUCGCAGUCGACCAUCAAGACCACAAACGAGCAAACCGCUUCAAAACCACCGAAGUCCGCGCCAUCUUCGUAACGCGCGAUCUCGGCGGCUCCACUCGUCAACUCAAACCCUGCCGAUCCGUCGAGGCACUCUCUCCAACCCCCCACGACCGACACGGAACCGUGGGCGACCGAAUCGUGGGUGACCCGGCCGCCGAGACGAAGAGACGCGUGGCGGCCCUGGACCAGGAGAUGUCGACCGAGGCCUGCAGCGACUUAGGCGGCAGUUCUGAGACAGCGCGACGGAGUCCGGCGCCCAUGCCUUCGCUUCCGGUGGACCUCAAGGCCGCGCUGGCCGGUGGCCUGCGCAAUUUGAAGAAGCCCUCCCCCGCGCCGCCGACCGUGGUCAAGACCAAGUCGGAAGGUACUGGUGGUGGUACUCUGGAUGAAGGUAGUGGUGGUGGGAAAAGCGAAGGUGGUGGGAAGACGCCUCGUGGUGGGGCCAAGACGGUUCGUGGUGGUAAGGUGGAUGGGGGUGGUGCAGGUGAUAAGACGGCGACUCGGAACUCAAUUGACGUAGCGGGACCGCGAGAGGCGGGGCUACGAGAGGCGGGGUCGCGAGCGGCGGGGCUUCGAGAGGCGGGGCUUCGAGAGGCGGGGCUUCGAGAGGCGGGGCUUCGAGAGGCGGGGCUUCGAGAGGCGGGGCCACGUGAUUCUGUGAGUAGUUCAGCGACGGCGAUUUCGGUGGAGUCUGCGGUAGUAGAAUCGCAGCAGCGAUUAUUACCGGCGGGUGUCAAGGAGGGGUUGAUUAGUCGGAGCAGUGCUCCGCCGACGCCGAAUGCAGAUGUGAAGCCGAAGCCAGCGAAGAAGAAGGCGCCACCGCCGAAGAUGGGUGGAUUGGCGGCGUUAUUAGCAAAGCGUCAGGAGACGAGUGGGAAGGCGGUUCCGGCAGCGUUGCCGGCGAAGAAGGCCCCAUUGGGUCGGAAGUUGUUUUGGAAGCCAUUGGAGAACGCCGAUCUAAGUGAGACGGUUUUCGGCGACUUGUCUAGCACAAAUGCUAUCUGCGGGAGCAAUAUUUUUGAGCCGAGUCGGUUGGACAUGAUUAGCAAAGUGUUUGCCAAGGACUCGGCCAAGAAGGCGGCCAUGAAGAAGACGGCCAGCGACCAGGACGCAUCGGAAGACAAGAAGCUGGUGCGGAUUAUCGAUGACCGGCGCGCUCAAAAUGUUGGAAUUGUCGUACUACGAAUGAAGAUCUCACCCAUAGAACUCGCCCAACAACUCAUGGGCAUGCAACUUUCCGUCGAUCUGACCCUUGAAAUGCUACAAAAGGUCGAAUGGCUCUUCUUCAACGACGAUGAAGAAACUGAACUGGAGCAAUACCUAGCCAAAAAUCCCAACGCAGAAUUACUGCGAGAUGUACCAGAAAAACGACUACUACCCCUCCGAAAAUCGCUACUACCUCGAGGCCACCAGCGUACAGUCAUCCUGCAACAAAAGCUACGGUGGCCCGGCUGGGUACGUGACUUAACUGAGAAUUUGGAUUUGAUUAAACGCGCGAGCGAUGAAAUGCGCUCUUGUGUGUGCUUUCGAGCUAUGCUAAGUGCUGUGCUAAGAUGGGGGAAUUUCGUCAACUAUGGCAGUAGCGAAUUGCAUAUUAAGGCCAUCACGUUGAGUAGUUUGCUCAAACUGACUGAAUUUAAGACCACAGUGGACGCGAAAAUUACGUCCCUGCACUACCUUGUGGCUACACUUUUGGCCUCAACAGACAAGGUCGAAGACGCAAUCUCCCUCGCCCGAAUGACGCAGGAAAUGAAGACGGUCCGACAGGCUUCGAAAGUAACCAGCGAAGUCAUCGAAAUGAUCUGGAAACAACUCAACAACGCAAAUGACAUGGUCAAAAAAGAACUCGAAACGCAGGCGCAACAUUACGAGACCAAAAAUGGGGUAGACCGAGGAUUCAACACGCUGCAAGAAAUCAGCAUGCGCAUGGUCGCUGACCUCGCACGCCUCGAAAUCUACGCCAGCGAAACAAUGCGCCUCGUCCAGGGCACCGCCAAAUUUUUCGGAGAUGACGAUGCCGUCGACCAGAACGCUGGCGGCGCCUCCAAGUUUCACGUCGGAUCCGUCUUUGCUACACUGGACAUGUUCCUUCGGAGGUUUGAUGAAUGCGUCACUGACAUCGUCAGACGGACAGCCCUCUAUGCUAGCAUCCUAAGCGAUGACCAGACGCCCCAAUUAAUCAGUUUUGUAACCACAUUCACUGGCCGACCGCUGCCCCGGAAUACUGUUAUGGCCCUGGAAGCUAGGAAAGAAUUGAAUAGAGUCAAUCAGGAAAGAACAAAAAGUAGUCAAACUGAGUUGACUUGA